AUGGCAUCAAAACGGAAAUUUAGUCCUCUCUGGAACCAUUUUGACAGCACGGAGCCGAAGAAAGCUAAAUGUAACUAUUGCUCAAAGAUACUAACGUUAUCUUCCAGUUCAAUUGGGACCUUAAGUAGGCGCAUGAAAAAAGUCCAUCCGAAGGUAAAUAUCGCACCGAAAAGGCUUGAGUCAACAGACGAAAGCGAAGAAAAUUCCAACCAGAAUGUACAAGUGGCCACCACAAGUUUUACAAUAUCAGCGGUGACUACAACCACUUCUUCUGGGACCAGACCAACUGUAACAACAGCUAACAUUAUAUCAGCUACAAAGGGUAAGGUGGCCGCAACUACAGUAAAAGAUUACAUCGUUGUCAAAAAACCUUCCUUCCACUAA